UGAAAGAAAAUGUUUGGCAUUGUCGCACUUUGAGUUUUGCCAUAGUGUGAUUUGACACAUUACUAUUGUGUAGCGGUUUUAUUACUGCGCUCAAGGCUCUGGUGCGUGCUCAACAACUGUCGAAUUUUCUAACCUAAGGAUUCGAUAACCGGUGGGUGAAAAAAAAUAUGGAGAAUGAACAUCAGCUGACCCCAGGCCCAGCCAGCCAGGAAGUUCCAAAAUGCGAAAAAGAUGAAGACAACAACAACCCCAAUGACGACAAGAUGGUUGGUGAUGUCUACCGGCCGAGAAGGUCAUCACUUGCUGCCUCGGAGACAUCAUCCGGUGUUAGGUACCCCCAGGAACAGGACGAAAGUUACACCUGCUGUUGCUUCUGGAAGCCCCUAUGGGCCCAGAGGCUCCUCUCCCCGGUGUUCUUCCUCGUCUGCGUCUGCCUGGUCGUCUUCGGAGACGCCGUAUCCCUGGGAGCCUUCACGGGCAUCACCACUUCCAUCGAGACCCGCUACCGCCUGUCGGCGUCCAACCUGGGCGUGCUGGUUACGAUGUACAGCGCGGGCAACAUGGUGGCUCUGCCGUUCGUGUCGUACUUCGGCGGGCGUCGCGGCACCAAUCGCCCGCGCUGGAUCGCCUCGGGGGUCGUGCUGAUAGCUUUGGGGACGUUUCUGAACGCCCUGCCGCAGUUCGUGUUCGGCAAGUACGACGCCGUACCCUCGAGUGGCCAGGUUGAUACCCUCGUUUGCACGGCUGCUAAUUCCACCGACUGGUGCAACUCAUACUACGCGGUCGGUGCACAGAACGACGCUGCCUUUUGGAUCAUGGUCGCCGGCUCAGUGAUUAGCGGUGCUGGCUACGCUGCCAUCCCGACGCUCUCCUUGUCGUACAUCGAUGACAACUGCAAAACAGAAACCACUGCCGUGUAUGUAGGUAUUAUUCAGAGCAUGUACGGCGUGGGCACCAUGAUCGGUUUCUUCAUCAGCUCCUACUCCCUGACGUUCUGGGUGGAUUUCUACCGCCUAGACCCGGACACCACCAUUCCUUCCCCGGACCACCCGGCCUGGGUCGGGGCCUGGUGGCUGGGAUUGCUGGUCUGCAGCGUGUUCUUCGGGCUGAGCUGCCUGCCACUGUUUGGUUUCCCCAAGCAGCUACCCAAGCGCUACAGUUGGGGUAGCGAUGCCAAAUCACGGGAGAGGAAAUCGAGACGACGGGCCAGGCUGUCUGAAGAGGGCGACUGCGAGGACGUCGAUUCCGAAGCCGAACAAAAGGCCCAAGAAUUACCUGGCAAAGAAACAACCGACCAAAACUUGGACAGCGGUACAAAGGAAGGGCUAGUAAAGGGUCUUUUGAAAACCUAUUUCCGCCUGAUGCGCAAUCCCGUGCUGAUGUGUAUCACCCUGGGGACGGCCUGUCAGGCCAUCGUCGAGUAUGGAUUUGCUACCUUCUUCAAUAAGUACCUCGAAUCGCAAUUCGAAGUCACUGCAUCCUUUGCCGAUCUACUAACAGGCGUGGCUCUCUUACCUCCCUACGGUAUAGGAUAUAUCCUGGGAGGCUACAUCGUCCGUAAGACACGGAUGGGUUACCCCAAUAUGUUCCUGUUCGCCAUGGCAGCACUCGUAGUUGGCCUAGCCAGCUUCAUCCCCAAUUUCUUCCUUGGUUGCAGUAACCCGCAGAUAGCAGGGGUGACUGUUGGAUACGAGGGUCAGAGCUUGACCGAAAUUUCGCUGCUUGCCGACUGCAACGCCAACUGUAGCUGCACGGCUUCGACCUACCGGCCGGUAUGUGACGCAGUUGGUGACGUCAUAUACUUUUCCCCGUGCUUUGCAGGCUGCAACGGCACGAGCGACAACGUUUUGUACAACAACUGCUCAUGUCUUGCCAGUUCGACCGACACCGCUCUCGCGGGGCUGUGUGAAUUCCACUGCGGUACCCUGGUACCUUUCUUAGUCAUGCAGGUCUUUCAGACGAUUGCGAUCACCAUGGCCGGAGCACCACAGAUGAUUCUGGUUCUUAAGUGUGUAGAUCUUGCAGACAAGACGGCAGCCGUGGGAUUCAAUCGCUUUUUUACCGGUCUUGGUGCCUUGGUUGGACCGAUGUUGUACGCCUUAUUUGUCGAUCAAUCAUGCCUCGUCUGGCAGUCCGAAUGUGGGGAGUACGGUUCCUGCCAGAUCUACGACAUCGAACGGUAUCGCAACCUCAUCAUGGCCGUGACCCUGAUCACUGGCGUCGUGGGGGUCGCAGGCACGUGUCCUGCUUACUUCUUCAUCCGUAGGACCAAUCGCAAACAGGCAGAGAGUUCCCAGUUGCAAGGGAUUGACUCGCCUAUCUCGAUGAGUGAUAUGGAGAAAGUAGAUGACACUGAAGAUUAAGCUCCAGUUGGAAACAAAGUACUGCAAUAUGUAUGGUGGC